GAAACGCUCUAGAUGCGCUUGGCUGUGGCAUGGCUGCUUGCAAGCAAGACCUGCCUUGCGGUGCAAACAGGCUCCUUCCUGGAGCUGCAGAGCCUUUGGACAAAACCGGCGUGGAGCCAGCAGGAUGGCGGCACCGUUUGCGCGCCCGUGGGCCUGGCGGACCUCUUGCGGCUCCAGGCGCUAGUCGGGGAGGUGGCGCAGCUGCUGCGGCUGGCCAAAGCGCGGUGGCUGCUGAGCCACGGCUCGCUGCUGGGCGCCUGGCUGCACCACGGCCCUGUGCCCUGGGACGAGGAGGCCGACAUCCUGCUCUUCGCCGAGGACUUCCAGCGGCUGCUGGCGGUUUUGGGCGCGGAAGAUUGGCUCGCCCAGUCCCGGCGGGUGUCGACGCCGGGAAGCAGCUUCCAAAUCUACGAGGGCACGCCAGUGGGUGCCCUCCGUUACGACGUGCACGAGCACAGGGACCAGGUGGGGCUCUGGUUGGCUACGGCAGUGACCUUCCGGUUGCACAGCGGCGCGCGGGACGACCCGGUGCAGCUGGACGCAUUCUUGGCCAAGGCCAACGGCAGUGGCUGG